CAACUCAAAUGUAUACAAAUUAACCACAAAGAAGUCUAAUUAUUCAAUUAUUGUUUAGCUGACUUGAAACCCUUUAUUGAGUAUACACAUAUUAUUGGUAUAGAAAGGUUCGGGUAUACAGAAAGUCCAAUGAGACUUAAAAUUCAUAUAGAAGCAAUACAAAGCUUAUAUUCUUUCUUUUUAUAUUUUUAACAACAUUUUCAUAAAAUAUAAAACUAUGAUUUAGUUAAAUUACGUUUCCAUUAAAAAGUAUGAUAAGUUUUAAAAAAUGUCUUACAUUAUUCCUUUUUGCCUUUGCUGGACUUUAUGUAAUUCCCUACUUUUUAAGGAUUUCAUAUGGAUUAUAUAAGAGUUUUCUUACAUCUUCAGUUACAUUCAAUUUGGAUACGUUGUAUUUAGAUUGGAACACUUCAUUUCCAGCAGUAACAGUCUGUGAAUUAUAUAACGGUGAACGAAUUUGGGAUAUUAGCGAAAGAUAUUUUGGUACCAAUAGAAGCUCACAAAUCGACGAUUAUUUAGCUGAAGUCUUAUUCUUCCGUGGAACUUGUGCAUCGUGCAGUGAAUGUGAAGAAAUAGACUGUCCAACUGAUUUUCAUAAACUUUUAGAAAUCUUUCGCACAAAUUGCUCAGAUCUGUUUGAUGAAUGUUCUUGGCACAAUGCAGACUUCGAUUGCUGUUCGGAAUUUCUUCCAAUUAACACGGAGUAUGGGUUGUGUUAUUCAUUCAACUCGAAUCAUGCCAGAAAAGCUAGAAAAUCCAAAUACUAUACAAAUCGUAUCACUGGUCCAGGAAACUUGCAAUUUUUUGUAUCCAGAGAUGUACAAGUUCAUAUUCAUCCACCAAUGGAAAUUCCGUACUUCUAUUCUGACGGAGUUUUUCGAGAGACAAUACUUUGGGGAACAUCUCAGGAAAUAAUGUUCAAUGUCAUGGAAAUCUACAACGAUGCAAGUGUGGUUACUUUGGAUCCGGGGAAAAGACAUUGUCGUUUCGGUAAUGAGAUUCAAGAAGAUUUCAAACUGUACAGAUUUUAUAGCUACUCUACAUGCGUUGUGGAAUGCAUGCGUGAUCUCAGCAUCUACGUUUGUAAUUGUACCAAUCAUUUUUUAGUUAAUGAUGAGAACGAUGGUCCCGUUUGCAACGACUUUGGUCUUUCCUGUCUUACGGAGAGUUAUAAUAUGAUACUUGAACAGAGAAAAGAGUGCAAGUGUAUAAAUUCCUGUGAGGAACCCGAAUACGACAUUGUUUACAAUGCCGGAGAUGGGGCAAUUGAUGAUGACCUUGUGAUGAGUAAAAUUUUGAUAAAAAUGAUGGACAUUCCAACGCAACGCUAUGUGCGAAUAGUUUCUAAAAAUAGUCUGGAUCUAAUAAUUUCAGUUGGUGGAAUAGCUGGACUGUUUUUUGGAGCAUCUCUUAUUAAAGUCUUUGAAGUUAUAUAUUUUCUUUUGCAGUACAAAUUGAAACUGUUUGCCAUUUUGAAACAUAAAAUAAAUAGAAAAAAAUCAAAGUGAAAAAAGUAUAUUUUAAUGAUAAUAAGUUAAUUAAAU